GAUGCUCUGGUCUAGAGUUGGGGAAUGAAAGGAAAUCCUGACUGCUCUCCCUGCUGCUGAGAUCUGCUCUUGUCCUUUAGCAGGGAGCCUACUGCUUUGGCCUGCAAAAUGCUUGAGGACUUGUUUUGCAGGGCCAGUAUUCCCUGCCCUCCAGGGAUUUUCCCAUUCCUAUGCGGCUACUUCUGCACUGGUCUGUGGGCUGGACCCAGGCCCUGCAGCUUAGGAUCUGUGCUACAAGCCGGGAGGCCAUACUACGAUUGUCAGGUCUAUAUCCUUUAGGACCACGGGAUGGGGCGAGGGGACGCUGUACUUUAGGGACUUGCUUUGGAGCGAUGGUUGAAGACAGUUCUGGGCAGAGCUGGGAACUGGCGGUCCUAAAGUUGGCUGUGUUUCCAUGGUGUCGGCGGCGGAGCCGAGGGGGCGGGUUCACGCAAGCGCCGAGGAAGCAGGUGGGUGGAUUCCGAGUGUGGGUGCGCAGGCGCUCUGAGACACCGUGAAGCCGGUGGCCGGUGGCCGGGCGGGACCAACAAAGAUGGCGGCGGCCCCUGCGGCGGGAGAGAUCUGGGCAAUAACUGCGGCUAAAGCUGCAGCCGGGCCCGCGGGGGCGCUGCACGAGGGUAGUGGGGGGUGGCCCUGAGCUGGGGCCUGGCCCCAGCUGGCCUCCCCCGUCGCCUCACCCGCGGACAGGUCCAGCCUGUGGUGUCCACAAUGCCCCAGGCUUCUGAGCACCGCCUGGGACGGACCCGAGAGCCACCUCUUAAUGUCCAGCCCCGAGUGGGAUCCAAGCUACCAUUUGCUCCCCGGGCCCGGAGCAAGGAGCGCCGAAACCCAGCCCCUGGGCCGAACCCCAUGUUACGACCUCUGCCUCCUAGGCCAGGUCCCCCUGAAGAACGGCUCAAGAAACUGGAGCUGGGACGGGGACGAACCUCAGGCCCUCGUCCCAGAGGCCCACUUCGGGCAGAUCAUGGAGUUCCCCUGCCUGGCUCACCACCCCCAGCUGUGGCUCUGCCUCUUCCUUCCAGGACCAACCUAGCCCGUUCCAAGUCUGUGAGCAGUGGGGACUUGCGUCCAUUGGGGAUUGCCUUGGGAGGGCACCGUGGCACUGGAGAGCUAGGGGCUGCACUGAGCCGCUUAGCUCUCCGGCCUGAGCCACCCACUUUGAGACGUAGCACCUCUCUCCGCCGCCUUGGGGGCUUUCCUGGGCCACCCACCUUGCUCAGCAUACGAACAGAGCCCCCUACUUCCCAUGGCUCUUUCCACGUGAUAUCUGCCCGGCCCUCUGAACCUUUCUACUCCGAUGACAAGAUGGCUCAUCACACACUGCUUCUGGGUUCUGGUCACGUUGGCCUCCGAAACCUGGGGAACACGUGCUUUCUGAAUGCUGUGCUACAGUGUUUGAGCAGCACUCGGCCUCUUCGGGACUUCUGUCUGCGAAGAGACUUCCGGCAAGAGGUGCCUGGAGGGGGCCGAGCCCAAGAGCUCACUGAAGCCUUUGCAGAUGUGAUUGGUGCCCUGUGGCACCCUGACUCCUGUGAAGCUGUGAAUCCUACUCGGUUUCGAGCUGUCUUCCAGAAAUACGUUCCCUCCUUCUCUGGAUACAGCCAGCAGGAUGCCCAAGAAUUUCUGAAGCUCCUCAUGGAGCGGCUGCACCUUGAAAUCAACCGACGAGGCCGCCGGGCUCCACCCGUCCUGGCCAAUAGUCCAGCUCCCUCCCCACCCCGCCGUGGAGGGGCUUUGCUAGAAGAACCUGAGUUAAGUGAUGAUGACCGAGCUAACCUAAUGUGGAAGCGUUACCUGGAGCGAGAGGACAGCAAGAUUGUGGACCUGUUUGUGGGCCAGUUGAAAAGUUGUCUCAAGUGCCAGGCCUGUGGGUAUCGCUCCACAACCUUCGAGGUUUUUUGUGACCUGUCCCUGCCCAUCCCCAAGAAAGGAUUUGCUGGGGGCAAGGUGUCUCUGCGGGAUUGUUUCAGCCUUUUCACCAAGGAAGAAGAGCUAGAAUCGGAGAAUGCCCCAGUGUGUGACCGAUGUCGGCAGAAAACACGAAGUACCAAAAAGUUGACAGUACAAAGAUUCCCCCGAAUCCUCGUGCUCCAUCUUAAUCGAUUUUCCGCCUCCCGAGGCUCCAUCAAGAAAAGUUCAGUAGGUGUAGACUUCCCGCUGCAGCGACUAAGCCUAGGGGACUUUGCAAGUGACAGAGCCGGAAGCCCCGUCUAUCAGCUGUAUGCCCUUUGCAACCACUCGGGCAGCGUCCACUAUGGCCACUACACAGCCCUGUGCCGGUGCCAGACUGGUUGGCAUGUCUUCAAUGACUCUCGUGUCUCCCCUGUCAGUGAAAACCAGGUGGCAUCCAGUGAGGGCUACGUGCUGUUCUACCAACUGAUGCAGGAGCCAUCCCGGUGCCUGUGACAUCCCCUUGAAGCCCUGGCACCUGUGAAACCCUUUCAACACCCUUAAGCCCCGAGGCUCCCCAUUUACCUCAGAGACGUCUAUUUUUGUGUCUUUUUAAUCGGGGAGGGGGGAGGGGGUGGUUGUACCUCCCAUUAUUUUUUUUAUUAAAAAACACCCUUCCACCUGGAGGCUCCCUUGUCUCCCAGCCCCAUGUACAGAGCUCCCCAGGCCCCUGCCCGUGUACAGCCCCCAGACCCUCUACAGUCUCACUUUUUUGUGAAUAAAUUUAUUAAG